GAUGUUGCGCUCAGUCGGCUGCAGCAAGGCAAGGCAGGAACACGUCUCACACACUCGGUCUUUUAACCACACCGCCCCUUCCUUAACCAUGUUCCCUAGACGCUUUCCUCAAGUGGCACUUGCCCUCCUGGUCCUUGUAGCUGCCGUGCACGCCCAGGGCACAAGGGGAGGACUGGGGCCGCCAUCGUCCAACCCAAGGGCAGUGUGUCCUGACCCGAACAGCUUCGGUCGAGUCUGCUUCCAGUACUUCGACCAGUGUGCCUCUGACAGACAGUGUCGCCGGGGGGAGAGGUGUUGCCUAGUGGCCGGCUGUGGCAGGGAGUGCAUAGCACGCAGCUCUGGCGGGGGCCCAGUGUCCAAGCCUGGGACGUGUCCAGUCAUUCAGUUCAUCGUGGCCCCGCAGUGUAGCCCUCGGGACAGAAUCGACCGUUGCCAGUCAGACCGGCAGUGCCCAGGGACCCAAAAGUGCUGCUUCCUCGUCUGCAACAGACAGUGUUCGGAGCCAUUGUAGAUAUAAGUUUGUCAAUUCGUACGCACCCUUCCAGUGGAUCUAAUCUAGGAGUAACUUUGCUAAUUCUUUCCCACUGCAGAUUCAAGGGCUCAUGCGACAGAGAUUAGCACCGAGGCCACGUGCAGCUAUAUCAUAUGCUCCCAACGUUACUUGCUUCCAUUUAUUCACUCCUAAUGUGGUGCCGAGACCCGCCUGAUGGGCGAGCCUCCCAAAACUCGCUCUACGAGGGGGGUGCUACCUCGUUGGCUUUCCCGUCUCGCUGGUCGCGGGUUUGAUCCCCGGUGCAGGCGAAACCUCUAUACUUGUCUGGAUUAAUUUAUCGUGUGCUUCGUUACACGCUGUGGUCAUGAGGGAAGGGAAGGGAAAUUCUGUCAUUUCAAUAAGAGUCAUUGCAGACUCCUUUAUGUUCUUUUGCUCUCGUAUAAAAUUGAGGGCUUACGUUAUGGCCUCUGUGCUGAUAUCCAUCACAUUAACCCUUGAGCUUGUUGUGGGUAAGAAAUGAAAGGAAAAAACAUGACCGUAGAUACUUGUGUGGCAUAAAUUAUCUUGCACCCUUGUUUUAAAGUAAUUACAAAGCAUACUUUCUCUUCAGAGCAGCAUAGGUGAGCCAACCAUUUGCCGACGCCUGAUGUAGACCUUUUAACCUUUUUGUUGCUUUUUUGUUCGUGAAUAAAGCAUUGCUCUGGUA